AUGGCUAUCCGCUUCCCCAUUGUUGAUCAUCGCAAGCCCGCUGUGGCAUGGGCUAUUGUCGUCACGGCCUGCGUCGCCAAUUUCAUCGACCUCUUCCAGAGCUCCAUGGUGCUGUUCGCACUCAACGACAUUCGUCCGGACAUGGGCUUCAGCGCUGUCAACCUCAAUUGGGUCGUUUUAUCCUACACACUGACGUUCGCUACCUUCCUGCUCCCUGCGGACCAGAUGGCCGACCGACUGGGCCUGCGCAUCACCUUCAUUGCUGGCACUCUUACCUUGGCCUGGACCAAUGUGCUUUCUGCGUGGGCCCCAAACCAAAAAGGCUUGUUGGCCGGGCGUGCACUUGCGGAUGUUGGCGCUGCCGGUGCCUCUGCCACAGGCAUUGCCAUCAUCAGCCACCUGUUUCCCCCAGGAAAAGCCCAAAAUGCCGGACUCGCUGCCUAUGUCUCUUGUGCGCCUCUAGGCACCAUUCUGGGCGUCAUCAUUGGCGCUCUCCUCACCGCAUUCUCGGUGGGAUGGCGCGCCAACUUCUGGCUCACCUUCAUCCUCGCCAUUCUCGUCUCCGUCAUCGGGCUCCUUCUCCUACCCGCCUACGAAGUCGACGCAGAGCGCAAAGCGCGAAAAAUAGACUACAUCGGGCUGUUCGCCUUCAUCACAGGCACGGCGCUCUUCAUCUACGGGCUCAACGACGCCGAGCGGCUGGGAUUGAAAGACCCGGCCAUCCUCGUCAACAUGAUCCUCGGCGCGCUCAUGCUCAUCUCCUUCCCGUACAUUGAGAGAAAAAUCUCCGACCCGGUGCUUCCGCCCGCCAUCCUCUUGAAUCGCCAGGUCAUUGUCCCGCUGAGCACGUUCGCCAUCACCGGCGGUUGCUGGGUGACGUGGUUUUUCGUCGCAACGCAGGCAUCGCUGAACCUGCUACACUACAAAGUGGUUCUUGCGGCAUGCUACUUCCUCCCAGCGACGGGAGCAGCCGUGAUCGGCGGCGUAGUCGGCAACGCGCUCGUCGACAGAGGCUACCCGAAAAUCCCCAUCGUCGGGGGCUACACCAUCAGCGUCGGCGCGCUGGUACCCUGGGGAUUCGUCGCGCCCAAAUACGGCAUCUGGUUCGUCAUCGUCUUUUCCAUGCUCUACCUGUUCGCGUCGCCGCCCAUCACUGUCGGUGCCCAAAGCAUCAUCCUGCACAACAUCCCCGUCGGCGACCACGGCACCGCCUCCGCGCUCAUGUACGUCGCGUACCAGUUUGGCAGCUCGCUCUUUGACAUGAACACUGAGAGCGGGAUGAAGGACGCGUAUCAUAAUGCUAUGUGGACGCUGCUGGCGUUGACUGCUGCCGGGUAUGUUACCUUUGUUGUGUUUUAUCUGGGCAAUAGGGCGGUUAGUGGGUCCCCUUCUGCGCCGGUGGAGAGGCUGGAGAAGGAGCAUAAGAGCCCGGAUGGUGGCUCUAAUGGCUCUAAUGUCUGAACAGCGAUAUCAG